AUGGGUGACGGAGGAGAAGGCGAGGACGAGGUCCAGUUCCUGCGGACGGACGAUGAGGUGGUCCUGCAGUGCAGCGCCACUGUGCUCAAGGAGCAACUCAAGCUGUGUCUGGCUGCCGAGGGCUUCGGCAACCGCCUCUGCUUCCUGGAGCCUACCAGCAAUGCCCAGAAUGUGCCCCCCGAUCUGGCCAUCUGUUGCUUCACCCUGGAGCAGUCCCUGUCAGUCCGAGCCCUGCAGGAGAUGCUAGCCAACACUGUGGAGGCUGGCGUGGAGUCGUCCCAAGGCGGGGGACACAGGACGCUCCUGUAUGGCCAUGCCAUCCUACUGCGGCAUGCACACAGCCGCAUGUAUCUGAGCUGCCUCACCACCUCCCGCUCCAUGACUGACAAGCUGGCCUUUGACGUGGGACUGCAGGAGGAUGCGACAGGAGAGGCCUGUUGGUGGACGAUGCACCCAGCCUCCAAGCAGAGGUCCGAAGGAGAAAAGGUCCGCGUGGGGGACGACCUUAUCCUUGUCAGUGUCUCCUCUGAGCGGUAUCUGCACCUGUCGACGGCCAGUGGGGAGCUCCAGGUUGACGCCUCCUUCAUGCAGACCCUAUGGAACAUGAACCCCAUCUGCUCUGGCUGUGAAGAGGGCUAUGUGACAGGGGGCCAUGUCCUCCGCCUCUUUCAUGGACACAUGGAUGAGUGUCUGACCAUUUCCCCUGCUGACAGUGAGGACCAGCGCAGACUUGUCUACUACGAGGGGGGAGCUGUGUGCACUCACGCCCGCUCCCUCUGGGGGCUGGAGCCCCUGAGAAUCAGCUGGAGUGGGAGCCACCUGCGCUGGGGCCAGCCGCUUCGAAUCCGGCAUGUCACCACCGGGCGGUACCUGGCGCUCACCGAGGACCAGGGUCUCGUGGUGGUUGAUGCCAGCAAGGCCCACACGAAGGCUACCUCCUUCUGCUUCCGCAUCUCCAAGGAGAAGCUGGAUGUGGCCCCCAAGCGGGACGUAGAGGGCAUGGGCCCCCCUGAGAUCAAGUAUGGGGAGUCACUAUGCUUUGUCCAGCAUGUGGCCUCAGGCCUGUGGCUCACCUAUGCUGCCCCAGACCCCAAGGCCCUGCGGCUUGGCGUGCUUAAGAAGAAGGCCAUGCUGCACCAGGAAGGCCACAUGGAUGAUGCGCUGUCGCUGACCCGCUGCCAGCAGGAGGAAUCCCAGGCUGCCCGCAUGAUCCACAGCACUGCUGCCCUGUACAACCAGUUCAUCAAGGGCUUGGACAGCUUCAGCGGGAAGCCACGGGGCUCGGGGCCGCCGGCUGGCCCGGCCCUGCCCAUCGAGGGCGUCGUCCUGAGCCUGCAGGACCUCAUCGGCUACUUCGAGCCGCCCUCCGAGGAGCUGCAGCACGAGGAGAAGCAGAGCAAGUUGCGCAGCCUGCGCAACCGCCAGAGCCUCUUCCAGGAGGAGGGGAUGCUCUCCCUGGUCCUGAAUUGCAUUGACCGCCUAAAUGUCUACACCACCGCUGCCCACUUUGCUGAAUUUGCAGGGGAGGAGGCAGCUGAGUCCUGGAAAGAGAUUGUGAAUCUGCUCUAUGAACUCUUGGCCUCUUUGAUUCGUGGCAAUCGUACCAACUGUGCCCUCUUCUCCACGAACUUGGAUUGGCUGGUCAGCAAGCUGGAUCGGCUGGAGGCCUCGUCUGGCAUCCUGGAGGUGCUGUACUGUGUCCUGAUUGAGAGUCCAGAGGUCCUGAACAUCAUUCAGGAGAACCACAUCAAGUCCAUCAUCUCCCUCCUAGACAAGCACGGGAGGAACCACAAGGUUCUGGAUGUGCUGUGUUCCCUGUGUGUAUGCAAUGGCGUGGCCGUGCGCUCCAACCAAGAUCUCAUUACUGAGAACUUGCUCCCUGGCCGUGAGCUCCUGCUGCAGACAAACCUCAUCAACUAUGUCACCAGCAUCCGCCCCAACAUCUUUGUGGGCCGAGCAGAGGGCACCACCCAGUACAGCAAAUGGUACUUUGAGGUGAUGGUGGACGAGGUGGCUCCAUUUCUGACAGCACAGGCCACCCACCUGCGGGUGGGCUGGGCCCUCACUGAGGGCUACAGCCCCUACCCUGGGGGCGGCGAGGGCUGGGGCGGCAACGGGGUCGGCGAUGACCUCUAUUCCUACGGAUUUGAUGGGCUGCAUCUCUGGACAGGACACGUAGCACGUCCGGUGACUUCCCCAGGGCAGCACCUUCUGGCCCCUGAGGAUGUGGUCAGCUGCUGCCUGGAUCUCAGUGUGCCAUCCAUCUCCUUCCGCAUCAACGGCUGUCCUGUGCAGGGCGUCUUUGAAGCCUUCAACCUUGAUGGGCUCUUCUUCCCUGUCGUGAGCUUCUCAGCUGGUGUCAAGGUGCGGUUCCUCCUUGGUGGCCGCCAUGGUGAAUUCAAGUUCCUCCCCCCACCUGGCUAUGCUCCAUGCCAUGAGGCUGUGCUCCCUCGAGAGCGACUCCAUCUUGAGCCCAUCAAGGAGUAUCGACGGGAGGGGCCCCGGGGACCCCACCUGGUGGGCCCCAGUCGUUGCCUCUCACACACCGACUUUGUGCCCUAUCCUGUGGACACCGUCCAGAUUGUCCUGCCCCCCCACCUGGAGCGCAUUAGGGAGAAGCUGGCGGAGAACAUCCACGAACUGUGGGCGCUGACCCGCAUCGAGCAGGGCUGGACCUACGGCCCGGUUCGGGAUGACAACAAGAGGCUGCACCCGUGUCUUGUGGACUUCCACAGCCUGCCAGAGCCCGAGAGGAAUUACAACCUGCAGAUGUCGGGGGAGACGCUCAAGACUCUGCUGGCGCUGGGCUGCCAUGUGGGCAUGGCAGACGAGAAGGCGGAGGACAACCUGAAGAAGACGAAACUCCCCAAGACGUAUAUGAUGAGCAACGGGUACAAGCCGGCCCCGCUGGACCUGAGCCACGUGCGCCUGACGCCUGCGCAGACAACGCUGGUGGACCGGCUGGCAGAGAAUGGGCACAAUGUGUGGGCACGUGACCGUGUGGCCCAAGGCUGGAGCUACAGCGCUGUGCAGGACAUCCCUGCACGCCGAAACCCUCGCCUCGUGCCCUACCGCCUACUGGAUGAGGCCACCAAGCGCAGCAACCGGGACAGCCUCUGCCAGGCCGUGCGUACCCUGCUGGGCUACGGCUAUAACAUUGAGCCGCCUGACCAGGAGCCCAGUCAGGUGGAGAGCCAGUCUCGUUGGGACCGAGUGCGCAUCUUCCGGGCAGAGAAAUCCUAUGCAGUGCAGAGUGGCCGCUGGUACUUCGAGUUUGAGGCAGUCACCACGGGCGAGAUGCGAGUGGGCUGGGCGAGGCCCGAGCUGCGGCCUGACAUAGAGCUGGGAGCCGAUGAGCUGGCCUAUGUCUUCAAUGGGCACCGUGGCCAGCGCUGGCACUUGGGCAGUGAGCCAUUCGGGCGCCCCUGGCAGUCAGGCGAUGUCGUUGGCUGUAUGAUUGACCUCACAGAGAACACCAUUAUCUUCACCCUCAAUGGCGAGGUCCUCAUGUCUGACUCAGGCUCUGAAACAGCCUUCCGGGAGAUUGAGAUUGGGGAUGGCUUCCUGCCCGUCUGCAGCUUGGGACCUGGCCAGGUGGGUCACCUGAACUUGGGCCAGGAUGUGAGCUCCCUCCGGUUCUUUGCCAUCUGCGGCCUCCAGGAAGGCUUUGAGCCAUUCGCCAUCAACAUGCAGCGCCCGGUCACCACCUGGUUCAGCAAAAGCCUUCCCCAGUUUCAGGCUGUGCCCCUGGAACACCCCCACUAUGAGGUGGCCCGCAUGGAUGGUACCGUGGAUACGCCUCCCUGCCUGCGCCUGACCCACCGCACCUGGGGCUCCCAGAACAGUCUGGUGGAGAUGCUCUUUCUCCGGCUGAGCCUUCCAGUCCAGUUCCACCAGCACUUCCGCUGCACUGCAGGGGCCACCCCCCUGGCCUCCCCUGGCCUGCAGCCUCCUGCCGAGGAUGAGGCACGAGCAGCAGAGCCCGACCCUGACUAUGAAAACCUGCGCCGCUCAGCUGGGCGCUGGGGCGAGGCUGAGGGGGGCAAAGAGGGAACUGCCAAGGAGGGGGCGCCUGGGGGCACCCCCCAGGCUGGGGUAGAGGCCCAGCCCAUCAGGGCAGAGAAUGAGAAGGAUGCGACCACAGAGAAGAACAAGAAGAGAGGGUUCUUAUUCAAGGCCAAGAAGGCUGCCAUGAUGACACAGCCACCAGCCACCCCUGCUAUGCCCCGCCUCCCUCAUGACGUGGUACCCGCUGACAACCGAGAUGACCCUGAGAUCAUCCUCAACACCACCACGUACUAUUACUCCGUGAGAGUCUUCGCUGGUCAGGAACCCAGCUGUGUGUGGGUAGGCUGGGUCACCCCCGACUACCAUCAGCAUGACAUGAACUUUGACCUCAGCAAGGUCCGGGCAGUGACCGUGACCAUGGGGGAUGAACAAGGCAACGUUCACAGCAGCCUCAAGUGCAGCAACUGCUACAUGGUGUGGGGUGGGGACUUCGUGAGCCCUGGGCAGCAGGGCCGGAUCAGCCACACGGAUCUUGUCAUUGGCUGCCUGGUGGACUUAGCCACUGGCUUGAUGACCUUUACAGCCAAUGGCAAAGAGAGCAACACCUUUUUCCAGGUGGAACCCAACACAAAGCUGUUUCCUGCCAUCUUUGUCCUGCCCAGCCACCAGAAUGUCGUCCAGUUUGAGCUGGGAAAGCAGAAGAACAUCAUGCCGCUGUCAGCCGCCAUGUUCCUGAGCGAGCGAAAGAACCCAGCCCCUCAGUGCCCUCCGCGGCUGGAGAUGCAGAUGCUGAUGCCCGUCUCCUGGAGCCGCAUGCCCAACCGCUUCCUGCAGGUGGAGACACGGCGCGCCGGCGAACGGCUGGGCUGGGCCGUGCAGUGCCAGGAGCCGCUGACCAUGAUGGCACUGCACGUCCCCGAGGAGAACCGGUGCAUGGACAUCCUGGAACUGUCGGAGCGCCUGGACCUGCAGCGCUUCCACUCACACACCCUCCGCCUCUACCGCGCCGUGUGCGCGCUGGGCAACAACCGCGUGGCGCACGCUCUGUGCAGCCACGUGGACCAGGCGCAGCUGCUGCACGCGCUGGAGGACGCGCACCUGCCGGGCCCGCUGCGCGCGGGCUACUACGACCUGCUCAUCAGCAUCCACCUUGAGAGUGCCUGUCGCAGCCGCCGCUCCAUGCUGUCUGAAUACAUCGUGCCCCUCACGUCUGAGACCCGCGCCAUCACGCUCUUCCCACCUGGAAGGAGCGAGGAAAACGGUCCCCGCCGCCACGGCCUUCCUGGCGUUGGAGUCUUCACCUCGCUGAGGCCCCCGCACCACUUCUCACCCCCCUGUUUCGUGGCCGCCCUGCCAGUAGCGGAAUCCCCGGCCAGGCUCAGCCCCAGCAUCCCUCUGGAGGCCCUGCGAGAUAAGGCCCUGAGAAUGCUGGGAGAGGCGGUGAGAGACGGCGGGCAGCACGCUCGCGACCCCGUCGGGGGCUCCGUGGAGUUCCAGUUCGUGCCCGUGCUCAAGCUUGUGUCUACCCUGCUGGUGAUGGGUGUCUUUGGUGAUGAGGAUGUGAAACAGAUUCUGAAGAUGAUUGAGCCUGAAGUAUUCACUGAGGAAGAAGAGGAAGAGGAGGAGGAGGAGGAAGAAGAGGAGGAAGAGGAGGAUGAGGAGGAGAAAGAGGAGGAUGAGGAGGAAGAGGCACAGGAGAAGGAAGAUGAGGAAAAAGAGGAAGAGGAGGCAGCAGAAGGGGAAAAAGAAGGCUUGGAGGAGGGGCUGCUCCAGAUGAAGUUGCCGGAGUCUGUGAAGUUACAGAUGUGCCAUCUGCUAGAAUAUUUCUGUGACCAAGAGCUGCAGCACCGUGUGGAGUCCCUGGCAGCCUUUGCAGAGCGCUAUGUGGACAAGCUCCAGGCCAACCAGAGGGACCGCUAUGGUCUCCUUAUGAAAGCCUUCACCAUGUCUGCAGCUGAGACUGCAAGACGUACUCGCGAAUUCCGCUCUCCACCUCAGGAGCAGAUCAACUUGUUAUUGCACUUCAAAGAUGGUGCAGAUGAGGAAGAUUGUCCUCUCCCUGAAGAGAUUCGACAGGAUUUGCUUGAGUUUCAUCAAGAUCUGCUGGCACACUGUGGAAUUCAGCUGGAGGGAGAGGAGGAGGAACCAGAGGAGGAGACCACCCUCGGCAGCCGCCUCAUGAGCCUUUUGGAGAAAGUUCGGCUGGUGAAGAAGAAGGAAGAGAAACCCAAGGAGGAGCUGUCAGCCGAGGAGAGCAAAGCCCGGUCCCUGCAGGAGCUGGUAUCCCACACUGUGGUGCGCUGGGCCCAGGAGGACUUUGUGCAGAGCCCCGAGCUGGUCCGGGCCAUGUUCAGCCUCCUCCACCGGCAGUAUGACGGGCUCGGCGAGCUGCUGCGCGCCCUGCCGCGGGCCUACACCAUCGCGCCACCGUCCGUGGAGGACACCAUGAGUCUGCUCGAGUGCCUCGGCCAGAUCCGCUCACUGCUCAUUGUGCAGAUGGGUCCCCAGGAGGAGAACCUCAUGAUUCAGAGCAUUGGCAACAUCAUGAACAAUAAAGUCUUCUACCAACACCCAAACCUGAUGAGGGCACUGGGCAUGCACGAGACAGUCAUGGAGGUCAUGGUGAAUGUCCUUGGGGGUGGUGAAUCCAAGGAGAUCCGCUUCCCCAAGAUGGUGACAAGCUGCUGCCGCUUCCUCUGCUACUUCUGCCGCAUCAGCCGGCAGAACCAGCGCUCCAUGUUUGACCAUCUGAGCUAUCUGCUGGAGAACAGCGGCAUUGGCCUCGGCAUGCAGGGCUCCACACCCCUGGACGUGGCAGCUGCCUCUGUUAUUGACAACAAUGAGCUGGCCUUGGCGUUGCAGGAGCAGGACCUGGAAAAGGUUGUGUCCUAUCUGGCAGGCUGUGGCCUCCAAAGCUGCCCCAUGCUCCUGGCCAAAGGGUACCCAGACAUUGGCUGGAACCCCUGCGGCGGUGAGCGCUACCUGGACUUCCUGCGCUUUGCUGUCUUCGUCAACGGCGAGAGCGUGGAGGAGAACGCCAACGUGGUGGUGCGGCUGCUCAUCCGCAAGCCCGAGUGCUUCGGACCUGCCCUGCGGGGUGAGGGUGGCUCAGGGCUGUUGGCUGCCAUCGAAGAGGCCAUCCGCAUCUCCGAGGACCCCGCACGGGAUGGUCCUGGUGUCCGCAGGGACCGGCGGCGUGAGCACUUCGGUGACGAGCCCCCUGAAGAAAACCGGGUGCACCUGGGACAUGCCAUCAUGUCCUUCUAUGCUGCCUUGAUCGACCUGCUCGGACGCUGUGCACCAGAGAUGCAUCUAAUUCAAGCCGGCAAGGGCGAGGCCCUGCGGAUCCGUGCCAUCCUGCGUUCCCUCGUGCCCUUGGACGACCUCGUGGGCAUCAUCAGCCUCCCACUGCAGAUCCCUACCCUGGGCAAGGAUGGGGCUCUGGUCCAACCAAAGAUGUCAGCAUCCUUCGUGCCAGACCACAAGGCAUCCAUGGUGCUCUUCCUGGACCGUGUGUAUGGCAUCGAGAACCAGGACUUCUUGCUACAUGUGCUGGAUGUGGGGUUCCUGCCUGACAUGAGGGCAGCUGCCUCGCUGGACACAGCCACUUUCAGCACCACAGAGAUGGCGCUGGCGCUGAACCGCUACUUGUGCCUGGCCGUGCUGCCACUCAUCACAAAGUGUGCGCCACUCUUUGCGGGAACUGAGCAUCGCGCCAUCAUGGUAGACUCCAUGCUUCACACAGUGUACCGCCUGUCCCGCGGCCGCUCGCUCACAAAGGCACAGCGUGAUGUCAUCGAAGACUGCCUUAUGGCGCUGUGCAGGUACAUCCGCCCAUCCAUGCUGCAGCAUCUGCUGCGGCGCCUGGUGUUCGACGUGCCCAUCCUUAAUGAGUUUGCCAAGAUGCCACUCAAGCUCCUCACCAACCACUAUGAGCGGUGUUGGAAGUACUACUGCCUCCCCACCGGCUGGGCCAACUUCGGGGUCACUUCGGAGGAAGAGCUACACCUCACGCGUAAACUCUUCUGGGGCAUCUUUGACUCUCUGGCCCAUAAGAAGUACGACCCGGAGCUGUACCGCAUGGCCAUGCCUUGUCUCUGCGCCAUCGCAGGGGCCCUGCCCCCAGACUAUGUGGAUGCCUCAUACUCCUCCAAGGCCGAGAAAAAGGCCACAGUGGAUGCUGAAGGCAACUUUGAUCCCCGGCCUGUGGAGACCCUCAAUGUGAUCAUCCCGGAGAAGCUUGACUCCUUCAUUAACAAGUUUGCAGAGUACACACACGAGAAGUGGGCCUUCGACAAGAUCCAGAACAACUGGUCCUAUGGAGAGAACAUAGACGAGGAACUGAAGACCCACCCUAUGCUGAGGCCCUACAAGACCUUUUCAGAGAAGGACAAAGAGAUUUACCGUUGGCCCAUCAAGGAGUCCUUGAAAGCCAUGAUUGCCUGGGAAUGGACUAUAGAGAAGGCCAGGGAGGGUGAGGAGGAGAAGACGGAGAAGAAAAAGACACGGAAGAUAUCACAAAGUGCCCAGACCUACGAUCCGCGAGAAGGCUACAACCCCCAGCCCCCGGACCUUAGCAUAGUUACCCUGUCCCGGGAGCUACAGGCCAUGGCAGAACAACUGGCGGAAAAUUAUCAUAACACGUGGGGGCGAAAGAAGAAGCAGGAGCUGGAGGCCAAGGGCGGUGGGACUCACCCCUUGCUGGUCCCCUACGACACGCUCACGGCCAAGGAGAAGGCGCGGGAUCGAGAGAAGGCCCAGGAGCUGCUGAAAUUCCUUCAGAUGAACGGCUACGCGGUCACUAGAGGCCUUAAGGACAUGGAACUGGACUCGUCUUCCAUUGAGAAGCGGUUUGCCUUUGGCUUCCUGCAGCAGUUGCUGCGCUGGAUGGACAUUUCCCAGGAAUUCAUCGCCCACCUGGAGGCUGUGGUCAGCAGUGGACGAGUGGAAAAGUCCCCACAUGAGCAGGAGAUUAAAUUCUUUGCCAAGAUCCUGCUCCCUUUGAUUAACCAGUACUUCACCAACCACUGCCUCUAUUUCCUGUCCACACCCGCCAAAGUGCUGGGCAGUGGUGGCCACGCCUCCAACAAGGAGAAGGAAAUGAUUACCAGCCUCUUCUGCAAACUUGCUGCUCUUGUCCGCCACCGAGUCUCUCUCUUUGGGACAGAUGCCCCAGCUGUGGUAAACUGUCUUCACAUCCUGGCACGCUCCCUGGAUGCCAGGACGGUGAUGAAGUCUGGCCCUGAGAUCGUGAAGGCCGGCCUCCGCUCCUUCUUUGAGAGCGCCUCGGAAGACAUUGAGAAGAUGGUGGAGAACCUGCGGCUGGGCAAGGUGUCCCAGGCACGCACGCAGGUGAAGGGCGUGGGCCAGAACCUCACCUACACCACCGUGGCCCUGCUGCCUGUCCUCACCACCCUCUUCCAGCACAUCGCCCAGCACCAGUUCGGAGACGACGUCAUCCUGGACGACGUCCAAGUCUCUUGCUACCGAACGCUGUGCAGUAUCUACUCGCUGGGAACCACCAAGAACAUUUAUGUGGAAAAGUUGCGGCCAGCUCUCGGGGAGUGCCUGGCCCGCCUGGCAGCGGCCAUGCCGGUGGCGUUCCUGGAGCCUCAGCUGAAUGAGUAUAACGCCUGCUCAGUAUACACCACCAAGUCUCCCCGGGAGCGGGCCAUCCUGGGGCUCCCCAACAGCGUGGAGGAGAUGUGUCCUGACAUCCCAGUGCUGGAGCGGCUCAUGGCAGACAUCAAGGGGCUGGCUGAGUCAGGGGCCCGCUACACAGAGAUGCCACACGUCAUCGAGAUCACGCUGCCCAUGCUGUGCAGCUACCUGCCCCGCUGGUGGGAGCGUGGGCCUGAGGCACCCCCACCAGCCCUGCCCGCAGGCGCCCUCCCACCCUGCACAGCCAUCACCUCCGACCACCUCAACUCCCUGUUGGGAAAUAUCCUGCGAAUCAUUGUCAACAACCUGGGCAUUGAUGAGGCCUCCUGGAUGAAGCGGCUUGCUGUGUUUGCCCAGCCCAUAGUGAGCCGGGCCAGGCCCGAGCUCCUGCGCUCACACUUCAUCCCCACCAUCGGGCGGCUGUGCAAGCGGGCAGGGAAGGUGGUGUCCGAGGAGGAGCAGCUGCGCCUGGAGGCCAAGGCGGAAGCCCAGGAGGGCGAGCUCCUGGUGCGGGACGAGUUCUCUGUGCUCUGCCGGGACCUGUAUGCCCUGUAUCCGCUGCUCAUCCGCUACGUGGACAACAACAGGGCAGAGGAGCUGGGGUGUGGCCAACUUGGAGUUGGGCCGGGGGUUCUCUGCGGGGCUGGGGUAACACUUCUUGUCUCUGUCUGCAACCCGGUGAAGCAGGCGGGAGAUGUACAGUCGGGUGGCUCGGACCAGGAACGCACCAAGAAGAAGCGUCGAGGGGACCGGUACUCAGUGCAGACGUCACUGAUUGUGGCCACGCUCAAGAAGAUGCUGCCCAUCGGCCUGAAUAUGUGUGCGCCCACCGACCAGGACCUCAUCGUGCUGGCCAAGACCCGCUACGCCCUGAAAGACACAGAUGAGGAGGUCCGGGAAUUUCUGCAAAACAACCUUCACCUUCAGGGAAAGGUCGAAGGCUCCCCGUCUCUGCGAUGGCAGAUGGCCCUGUACCGGGGCCUCCCGGGCCGCGAGGAGGACGCCGACGACCCCGAGAAAAUCGUGCGCAGAGUCCAGGAGGUGUCCGCGGUGCUCUACCAUCUGGACCAGACUGAGCACCCUUACAAGUCCAAGAAGGCCGUGUGGCACAAGCUCUUGUCCAAGCAGCGCCGGCGGGCAGUUGUGGCCUGUUUCCGCAUGACACCCCUGUACAAUUUGCCCACGCACCGGGCAUGUAACAUGUUCCUGGAGAGCUACAAGGCUGCCUGGAUCCUGACCGAAGACCACAGUUUUGAGGACCGCAUGAUAGAUGACCUUUCAAGAGCUGGGGAGCAGGAAGAGGAAGAGGAAGAAGUAGAGGAGAAGAAGCCAGACCCCCUGCAUCAGCUGGUUCUGCACUUCAGCCGCACUGCCCUGACUGAAAAGAGCAAACUAGAUGAGGAUUACCUGUAUAUGGCGUAUGCAGAUAUCAUGGCAAAGAGCUGCCACCUGGAGGAGGGAGGGGAGAACGGCGAAGCUGAAGAAGAGGAGGUUGAGGUUUCCUUUGAGGAGAAAGAGAUGGAGAAGCAGAGGCUCCUGUACCAGCAGUCACGUCUGCACAACCGGGGGGCUGCCGAGAUGGUGCUCCAGAUGAUCAGCGCCUGCAAAGGAGAGACGGGUGCCAUGGUGUCCUCCACCCUGAAGCUGGGCAUCUCCAUCCUCAAUGGAGGCAAUGCUGAUGUGCAGCAGAAAAUGCUGGAUUAUCUGAAGGACAAGAAGGAAGUCGGCUUCUUCCAGAGUAUCCAGGCACUGAUGCAAACAUGCAGUGUCCUGGAUCUCAAUGCCUUCGAGAGACAGAACAAGGCAGAGGGACUGGGCAUGGUGAAUGAGGAUGGAACUGUCAUCAAUCGCCAGAACGGAGAGAAGGUCAUGGCAGAUGAUGAAUUCACACAAGACCUGUUCCGAUUCCUGCAAUUGCUCUGCGAGGGGCAUAAUAAUGAUUUCCAAAACUACCUACGAACGCAGACAGGGAACACGACCACUAUUAACAUCAUCAUCUGCACCGUGGACUACCUCCUGCGGCUGCAGGAAUCCAUCAGUGACUUCUACUGGUACUACUCAGGCAAGGAUGUCAUUGAAGAGCAGGGCAAGAGGAACUUCUCCAAAGCCAUGUCGGUGGCUAAACAGGUGUUCAACAGCCUCACUGAGUACAUCCAGGGCCCCUGCACCGGGAACCAGCAGAGCCUGGCACACAGCCGCCUCUGGGACGCAGUGGUGGGAUUCCUGCACGUAUUUGCUCACAUGAUGAUGAAGCUCGCUCAGGACUCAAGCCAGCUCGAGCUGUUGAAGGAGCUGCUGGAUCUACAGAAGGACAUGGUGGUGAUGUUGCUGUCACUGCUAGAAGGGAACGUGGUGAACGGCAUGAUUGCCCGGCAGAUGGUGGACAUGCUGGUGGAAUCCUCGUCCAAUGUGGAAAUGAUCCUCAAGUUCUUCGACAUGUUCCUGAAACUCAAGGACAUCGUGGGCUCUGAGGCCUUUCAGGACUACAUCACCGAUCCCCGUGGCCUCAUCUCCAAGAAGGACUUCCAGAAGGCCAUGGACAGCCAGAAGCAGUUCACCGGUCCAGAAAUCCAGUUCCUGCUUUCGUGCUCUGAAGCGGAUGAGAACGAAAUGAUCAACUGCGAGGAGUUCGCCAACCGCUUCCAGGAGCCAGCUCGCGACAUCGGCUUCAACGUGGCGGUUCUGCUAACCAACCUGUCGGAGCACGUGCCACACGACCCGCGCCUGCACAACUUCCUGGAGCUGGCCGAGAGCAUCCUCGAUUACUUCCGGCCCUACCUGGGCCGCAUCGAGAUCAUGGGCUCCUCGCGCCGCAUCGAGCGUAUCUACUUUGAGAUCUCGGAGACCAACCGUGCCCAGUGGGAGAUGCCCCAGGUGAAGGAGUCAAAGCGCCAGUUCAUCUUCGACGUGGUGAACGAGGGCGGCGAGGCAGAGAAGAUGGAGCUCUUCGUGAGCUUCUGCGAGGACACCAUCUUCGAGAUGCAGAUCGCCGCGCAGAUCUCGGAGCCCGAGGGCGAGCCCGAGGCGGACGAGGACGAGGGCGCGGCCGAGGCGGGCGAGGGCGCGGGCGACGCAGCGGAGGGCGCGGGCGAGGAGGAGGCGGCAGCGCGCGAGGCCGUGCCUGGCAUCGCCGACGGAGCCGGAGCCGGAGCCGACGGGGGUCCCUUCCGGCCCGAAGGGGCUGGCGGUCUUGGAGACAUGGGUGACAUGACGCCGGCGGAGCCGCCCACGCCCGAGGGCUCCCCCAUCCUCAAGAGGAAGCUGGGGGUGGAUGGAGUGGAAGAGGAGCUGCCUCCAGAACCGGAGCCUGAGCCCGAGCCGGAGCCUGAGCCCGAGCCAGAGAAAGCAGAUGCUGAGAAUGGGGAGAAAGAAGAAGUCCCCAGGCCCCCACCGGAGCCCCCCAAGAAGACAGCACCUCCUUCACCCCCUCCAAAGAAGGAGGAAGCUGGAAGCGAAUUCUGGGCAGAGUUGGAAGUGCAGAGGGUGAAAUUCUUGAACUACCUCUCCCGGAACUUUUAUACCCUGCGGUUCCUUGCCCUCUUCUUGGCAUUUGCCAUCAACUUCAUCUUGCUGUUUUAUAAGGUCUCAGAUUCUCCACCAGGGGAGGAUGACAUGGAGGGCUCAGCAGCUGGGGACCUGUCAGGUGCAGGGUCUGGUGGCAGCUCUGGCUGGGGCUCAGGGGCCGGUGAGGAGGCAGAGGGCGAUGAGGAUGAGAACAUGGUGUACUACUUCCUGGAGGAGAGCACGGGCUAUAUGGAGCCUGCCCUGCGGUGCUUGAGCCUGCUGCACACACUGGUGGCCUUUCUCUGCAUCAUUGGCUACAACUGCCUCAAGGUGCCCCUGGUGAUCUUUAAGCGGGAGAAGGAGCUGGCCCGAAAGCUGGAGUUUGAUGGCCUCUACAUCACGGAGCAGCCUGAGGAUGAUGACGUGAAGGGGCAGUGGGACCGACUGGUGCUCAACACGCCGUCUUUCCCCAGCAACUACUGGGACAAGUUUGUCAAGCGGAAGGUCCUGGACAAACAUGGGGACAUCUACGGGCGGGAGCGGAUUGCCGAGCUGCUGGGCAUGGAUCUGGCCACGCUGGAGAUCACAGCCCACAACGAGCGCAAGCCAGACCCGCCACCAGGACUGCUGACCUGGCUCAUGUCCAUCGAUGUCAAGUACCAGAUCUGGAAGUUUGGGGUCAUCUUCACAGACAAUUCUUUCCUGUACCUGGGCUGGUACAUGGUGAUGUCCGUCCUGGGACACUACAACAACUUCUUCUUCGCCGCCCACCUCCUGGAUAUUGCCAUGGGGGUCAAGACGCUGCGCACCAUCCUCUCCUCUGUCACCCACAAUGGGAAGCAGCUGGUGAUGACCGUGGGCCUCCUGGCAGUGGUGGUCUACCUGUACACGGUGGUGGCCUUCAACUUCUUCCGCAAGUUCUACAACAAGAGUGAGGAUGAGGACGAGCCCGACAUGAAGUGUGAUGACAUGAUGACGUGCUAUCUGUUUCACAUGUAUGUGGGUGUCCGGGCUGGCGGAGGCAUCGGGGACGAGAUUGAGGACCCAGCAGGCGACGAAUACGAGCUGUAUCGGGUGGUCUUCGACAUCACCUUUUUCUUCUUCGUCAUUGUCAUCCUGCUGGCCAUCAUCCAGGGUCUGAUCAUCGACGCUUUUGGUGAACUCCGAGACCAGCAAGAGCAAGUGAAGGAGGAUAUGGAGACCAAGUGCUUCAUCUGUGGAAUCGGCAGCGACUACUUCGAUACGACACCACACGGGUUUGAGACACACACGCUAGAGGAGCACAACCUGGCCAAUUACAUGUUUUUCCUGAUGUAUCUGAUAAACAAGGAUGAGACAGAACACACGGGUCAGGAGUCUUACGUCUGGAAGAUGUACCAAGAGAGAUGUUGGGAUUUCUUCCCGGCUGGCGAUUGUUUCCGCAAGCAAUACGAGGACCAGCUUAGCUGAGACACCCCCACCUGGCCCUCCGUCCCCACCUCAAGUGCCUUAUUCUCACGGCAAGCCCCCUUAGCCCCCAAACCCCUCCCCGCAAGGCAACUGGAGGGGAGAUGACCUUGUACUGGAGAAAUAAAGACUGUGCUACAUUUCCUGGCA